GUGAAAACCUAACUCCUGUCUUUGUGUUGAUAAUUUAUUUAUUUUACUGUCUCUGUGUGUUUUUGCAGUCUCAAUCACAAAAGAGAACUAUAAAAAAACCCUUCGACGAAUAUAGAAGAAAAAGCAACAUGGGGAUGUCAGAAAGUAAAGCUGACUCAAAGAGGUCACAUGGACAAGCGUUACCUAGACAACCGAUGGUCAAUCUGCCGUCGUUGCCUCCCUAUAACGGUCAUCCUAUCCAGUAUCAUCACAUCAAUAACAAUGCGACGCUUGAUGUACAAGCUCAUUUCAGCUUCAGUGAUCCGAGCGUAUCAUUUCAGUCAUCUAACGUAGAACAGUACUAUCCACAGCUCGCUGCAAUGUAUGACCAAGGCUUUAAAAUGCUAGUAUUCGUUUCUCUACCUGGUUCUACAAAAAGUAACGGAUUAGCCUCCCUUGGUCAUUGUCAAGUUAAUAUAAAAUUACAAGGUAUAUUCCGAAGGCUGCUUCCAGAAGAAAUGGACCAGCAGUGGCAGUUACGUGUUGAAAAAUCUACAUUGAUCACUCAGAUGUUCAUACAGUGGUCUGGUAACGUGUUUCUCAAUGCCGGUGCUCACUUCGAAAGUACGACCGACAAUAAUCAUAUAUUUCAAACACUGAACAAUAUUUCACAAGGUGGCGGCCGGCUGAUCAGUGUAGAGUUAAUGGCGGGACAGCAGUUUGAGAUGCAGCGACAAAUGAUGCAGCGUCAAGCACAAAGGCAAAACAAGGCAACUGGCAACAUGCCAAUGACGCAGGUUGCCGUUGACGUAUUCUACGAAGUACCCCGCUCACCCUCUAGUGAGAGAUAUGUUUAUCAAGUUGUAAGCUGUCCGGGUGAAAUUCAAAAAUUCCAAAAAAGCUUGCGGCAUGCUCAGGGUUUUUAA